AAUAUUUAAACAAAAACUUAAUAAACAAAAACCAUUAUGCUUACCAUGGAAUCAGAUAUGAAAGGUGGCAUACUACAUGCCACCAUGCCGCCACAUCAUGCAUCGGCUGCCCUGCAUGGUCAUGCCGCCUCACCUUAUAGUGCUUUGGGUCCCCUCAUGAACUUGGGCCAGUCACACCUGACACAGUCACAUCUAUCGCACCACCACCAACAUCACAUGACUUCACAUUUGGCCAGCCAAAGUUCGGCCGCCGGCAAUGGCACCUCCAGUGCCUUGAGUUCGCUGCAAAACAGCAUGGCCCAGACUUUGAAUGGCAACGCGGUACAACAACAACAACAGCACAAUUCUCCCUUGCAUAGCUCCAGCGACUUGAGUCCCACCCAGAGCUCACACACCAGCGUAGGCAGUCAUCACAUGACCUCGCCAGGACAAAGUCAUCAUCAUGGCUCACACCACCAUUCAGGCGGUAUGGGCGGUCAAAGUACCCCUCUCAGCUCCAGCGGUAGUUCUGGUAAUGGCAAUAUCAACAACAAUAAUAAUUCCUCGGCCGCCAACAAAAAUGCCCAAAAUGCCGCCGAGCGUGUCAAAAGACCCAUGAAUGCUUUUAUGGUGUGGUCUCGUGGCCAGCGUCGCAAAAUGGCCUCGGACAAUCCCAAAAUGCACAACAGUGAGAUUUCCAAACGUUUGGGUGCCCAAUGGAAGGAUCUAUCGGAAACUGAAAAGCGUCCGUUCAUCGAUGAAGCCAAACGUUUACGUGCCGUGCACAUGAAGGAGCAUCCCGACUACAAGUAUCGUCCACGACGCAAGACAAAAACUCUUACCAAGACCAAGGAGAAGUAUCCUUUAGGUGUGGGGGGUCUCAUGCAAUCGUCAGAGCCCAGCACACCCACCGCCAGAACCAGUUCAGCCAACUCGAUCUCGUCGGCAGCCCAACAGGCGGCCAGUGUGAAUCGUGAUAUGUAUCCCAUGAGUGCUCCCAAUGGAUAUAUGCCCAACGGCUACAUAAUGCACGAUCCCUCGGCGGCCGCCUAUCAAAGUCAACAUGGAGCCUACAUGGGCAACUAUCACCGCUACGACAUGGGACAAAUGCAUCAGGCUGCUGCAGCAGCGGGUUCCCUCAACUACAUGAAUGCCGCUGGCAGUGGUUAUGGCAUGUAUAGUACAGUUUCCGGCGGUCAGACCUCUCCCUAUGGCAACAUACAACAACCUGGCUCACCGUAUGGCGGCGGCAGUGCUCAACCACAACCCGGCUCACCGUACGGCCACUCCGGCCAGCCUGGUUCACAAGUCUCCUGCCAAAGUCACAGUCCCAGCGAUUCGAGUGUGAAAUCAGAACCCGUCUCGCCCAGUCCCAUGCACAGCUCGGGCCCCACAUCCGCUCAACAGAAUUCCGCCUCCGCCGCCGUUAUCACCAACAACAACCACAUAAUGAAACGGGAAUACGUGAGUGCCCAGCAGCCGUCUUCAGAACUCAACCACCUUAUGAACAUGUAUCACCUGCCCGAUGGUAUGCAAGCUUCAGCGGCCGCUGCUGUAGCCGCCGCCGAGCACCACCAACGCAACUUAAUGCACUACCAAAACAGUUCGCCCGAUUUGCAACAGCACCAGGCGCACCAGCAUCAUCAGCAGUCGAUGCGUAGCAUGGCUCCACUGGCCCAUAUGUGAGAAAUGGCAAGUGCAUACGGAGGACAUGCUACGCUGCCAACAGUUUCUGCUAGCGCGGAAGUUAAUCCCUGCAGUGGGCUAUCCCUAACAACAAUUCCUGCCCCGCCGUCUAACCACACCGGACACCAUCACAACAACAGCAGCAGCAGUAUUAACAACAACAACAACAGCAGCCUAAGGCAACAACAAGACGAACAGUUGCAUUUGGUGGACACGGAUAAUGCCAACAUCAACCAACAACAACAACAACGUCUGCAACAAAACGAACUGCUGUCCAAUCACUUGCCGCCUACGCAUCAUCAGUUAAACUCAGGUAUUUCUGUAACAGAAAACUUAACAAACGGCGAAGGACGUUCGAAUGGUGCGCUGGCUAUGCAGAGCUUUACAAUAAAUCAGCUUAAUGGACGCUCCAGUCCCACGGCCUCGGGUUCUUCCGGUGGGGGCAGCCGGUCAUCGGCUCAUUCCCUACCCUCACAUUCACCCGCACUGCACCUUAGCAACCACAAUGCUCAGUAUCAGACACAGCAUGGCUCGUUAGAUCCCUGUAGCCCAACUACGGUUGUGACAUCGGCUGCCAUUAUGGGCCGUCUAACGGCCGGCUGUGUGGACACACUGGGCAAUGCUGGUUCAACGGCCGGCUUUACCACGGUAGAUGGCUGUGGCAAUGAUACAUUGUCUUUACUGCAGCAUCAUCACCAUCAUCCACAUUCCCAUCAUUUUUCCUAUUCCACUCUAACUCCUCCUCCCCAUCAUCAUCAUCAUCACCACCAUCCACAUCAUCAUCCGCACGAUGCACCAGGACUGUUGGAUAUAUCCACUUUGUAAAAUACAAUUCAAUACAAACAAAAACAAAUAUUGUAAUUUAAUUUAAAUUAAAUUAAUAGUUUUGGCGUUUUAGUUGUAAAUGAAACAAAACAAAAAAAAAACAAACAAAUAACUCGUUAAUUAAACGUGUAAUGACAAAUUCCAAAUUGUCAAGUGUAAAUUUAAAACAAAUAUAAAGUAAUUUAAACAAAAUAGUAAUUAUACGCUACUAAAAGUAAAUAUUAACGUUAAACAAAAAAAAUAAA